ACGACAACUAGUUUCUCCUCUGGCAGUUGAAUACGAAGUUUUACAAGAAAUGUUUCUGUAUAUAGAAACUGUCUGAAACAUACUUCCAUACUUUCCAUAUCGUGUUAACAUUUUACGGGAUUGUUUUAAGACAUUUUUUUAAUAGUGAAUAAAUUUUUAAUAUGAGAGUUUAGUGCUGUGGAAAAUUGUGUUUAGUGAUUCUUUUUUGGGUUUAAGACAAUCUUUAUAUACGAAAACGACAUCCAAUAAUUUUAUUUCUGGAAAAUGUUUGAUGGUUCCCUUUGACCAUUUUGUAUACGCGCAGUAAUAUGUGAGACGCUUAUCGGUAUUCGCGCAUGUAAGAAAAAUGCUGUCUACAGGAAUUGGUUAUGGGGGUGGACAAAAUUCCAUUUCUGUGACAAAUUCCACGCCCCCUUAUAGUCCACCCCCGAACGGUAGUAACGUCGGAGGCAGACACAGCCCUCUUCCGAGCUUCGGAUUCACUCAAGAGCAAGUAGCUUGCGUUUGCGAGGUAUUGCAACAAGCCGGCAACGUUGAAAGAUUAGGAAGAUUUUUGUGGUCAUUACCGGCAUGUGAUAAACUACAUAAUAAUGAAUCGGUUUUAAAAGCUAAGGCUAUAGUAGCAUUUCAUAGAGGUAAUUUCAAAGAAUUGUAUAAGAUACUAGAAAGUCACACGUUUAGUCCCCACAAUCACGCUAAACUACAAGCGUUGUGGUUGAAAGCACAUUACAUCGAAGCAGAAAGACUAAGGGGUAGACCGCUAGGAGCUGUAGGAAAAUACAGAGUGAGGCGAAAAUUUCCUCUGCCCAGGACGAUAUGGGAUGGGGAAGAAACUAGUUAUUGCUUCAAAGAAAAAUCUAGGAGCGUUUUAAGAGACUGGUAUUCUCAUAAUCCCUACCCAAGUCCAAGGGAAAAAAGGGAAUUGGCCGAAGCUACUGGUUUAACUACAACACAAGUUUCCAAUUGGUUCAAAAAUCGAAGACAACGAGACAGGGCUGCAGAACAUAAAGAUAGUACUCAAACCAGUUCAGAAAAACCCCACCUCGAUUCGAGUGGAUCGGACAGUGAAAAUGAAGGUCAUAAAAUGACGUACGCACCUAGCGGAUUAUUGCAAAAUCAAUUGAAUCCUUAUCAGACGAUUACAGCGCCGACUCCUUAUUCCUGUCAACCGAUGUAUCAUCAAGGACCUCCUGAAAUGCUUCAAGAUUAUCAAGCGUUGUGACAAUGGUUAAUCGUACCUCAAAGUUAUCUCAACAGUGGCAAUUUUUAGAAAGACUUUAGUUAAACUUACAUAGAAAUAUUGUACAAUGGGAAUAUUUGAAAGCGAUUUAGAAAAAAAUUCUUCUUUUAAUAUAAAACGUUGUUUUUAAUACUUAUAACUUAAUUAGCAAAAUAAAUUAACCUCCUUCUCGUUAGAUGGCGGUACUAUUCCGAGGAAGUACAGAGAAGUAGACCCCAAAAUCCGAUAAUUUAUCACUCGUUGGUAAGAAUUUCACGUGGAUUAUUGUGUGUCAAUCAAUUUAGCUGCUAAUACUCAUUAUCAUCGUUGAGUUUAUUAAAUGUGAAAUGCAUAUCUUCAGUUAUUUUAACAAAUCUAAAACUUUUUACACAAGGCAUCAUCAUAAAAACGUAAAAAAUUUGAAAAAGUUAGGUUGGAAUCAUUAAUUUCAUAUUAAACUGAAGUUUAAACUACUCUCAGAUCGCCGAUAACGUUUGCAUGUUCAGGUUUAAACUUGUAAAAUUAAGCUUUAGUCCGUUAUGGCUCAAUCUCGAGACUAUAAAAAAAAUGAUAAACGUCAUAGUCGAAAGUUGCCAAAUUGUGAAAAUAAUGUGGAGGUCUAAGAAAUAUAAAACAAUGAGAUUACUUUGAAUGUUGAGUUAGAAAUUAAAAAAAUUGAAAUAUUUAUGACAUAUAAAACGGUCGAAUAGUAAGUAUUAUAUCUAAUUGAUCUUUAUCGCUUUCAAAAUAUUUCAAAUAUCGUUUUAAAUAGUGACAUCCCGCUUUUAUUAUGACCUUUUUCAAAAACACCUUCAUUGUUUAUAUAAUAUUGCUGUGACUAUAUGAAAAACAAGUUUAUGUUAAUUUAUAAAGUUUUGUUUACACUUUAUGAAAAAAAAAACACAAAGUUGAAAAAAAAAUUAAAUUUUUGACGAAA